AAGUGCCUACUAACGAUUCUUUUUCAUUUCAGUUUCAUCAUGGUAAAGGCGAGAAAAUAUGUAGUCAAGAGACAUUUCCAGGGUGAACCUAAGAAAGAUGACUACGAGUUAAUUGAGUACGAGCUACCACCGCUUAAAGACGGGGAUAUUCUCGUCAAGGCAGAGUGGAUCAGUGUGGAUCCGUACCUACGAGCCUACAACUCACAACUCUUGACCCCUUAUGACCAAUUCAGCGCCCAAGUAGGCGUAGUUUUGGAAUCCAAAUCGCCCGACUUCCCCGUCGGGUGCAGAAUAGUCUCUCAAAAGGGAUGGUGCGAUUAUAGCAUCGUCAAUCCUAAAGAUAAAUUAAAAGUUGAGCUUGGAGUAUACAGAUUACCAAACUUGGGUGACUUAUCUCCGUCCCUAGGAGUUGGAGCCGUAGGUAUGCCAGGAGCAACGGCGUAUUUUGGCUUUCUGGAAAUUUGCAAGCCCAAAGCUGGUGAGACUGUAGUUGUGACCGGCGCUGCCGGUGCUGUCGGCUCGCUGGUCGGACAAAUUGCAAAGAUAAAGGGCUGCAGAGUCGUAGGUUUCGCCGGAUCCGAUGAAAAAGUGAAAUGGUUGGAGACGGAGCUAGGUUUCGAUAAAGCUAUCAACUACAAGACGGCAAAUGUGGUUCAAGCUUUGAAGGACGCGGCACCGAAGGGAGUCGAUUGCUAUUUUGACAACGUGGGUGGAGAAAUAAGCAGCCAGAUUAUGAUGUCCCAGAUGAAUUUACACGGAAGGGUGUCGGUAUGUGGCAGUAUAAGCUCAUACAAUGAAUCGAAUUUGCCAAAAGCGACGAUCGUGCAACCAUCACUGGUAUUUAAGCAACUGAAGGUAGAAGGGUUCAUAGUGUCUAGAUGGUUGGAUCGCUGGCCUGAGGCGUUCGCUGACAUCAUUCAAUGGAUAAAGAGUGGCAAACUGAGGCCAAGAGAGCAUAUCACUGAAGGUUUUGACAAACUGUUCGACGCGUUCGUAGGUAUGCUAGCUGGAGAAAAUAUCGGCAAAGCUGUGGUUAAAGUGUAAUUAAUUAUUAAAUGCAGCCCAU